CCUAACAACAUCAGUUUACAGAUAACAUCAGACAGGCAUUAGCAAUUCAGAUCGACAGGUGAAAACUUUUCGAAAGAAUUUCAACACCACAACAGGUGCGUCACAAGUAAAAGUCAGCACUGGAUUAUUGCUAGCAGUCCGAUCCUCUUCUUGAAGCGCACUGAUCUGUAAAACGACGGAGCUUCUAGUGAACAGCACCUGAAACAAACAGAUCCAGGACAGUUUCUUGUCGUUUCUUGACAGUAGCAGAGGCAGAUAAUCUCCUAUCUGUCAAGACAACCAUGGCAAAUUAUGAUGUAAACAGAAGAUGGGAAGCAUUUGAGACCUCUCAUAAACGAGAUUUCAUCUAUAGACCCAUCUCAUCUAUUCCAAUGCUAAGGCCGAAAACAUCUGGCAAUAUCUACCGAAAUUCAUACUCACUGGGUGAUCCGGUUGGUGCAACUGGAUACAGUGAAGAUUUCUGCUGGAAGCCUGUGUCAAAGACUGCUUGCAUAAGGUCUGCCACAGCAUCAGGAAACCGAAGAAACAAUCCACACCCAAGCCAGGCAUUCAUGGUAUGGAAGCAUUCUGCAGAUCAAAUUAAACGUUUUGAUAUUAAUUCACAUCUUCAACACUCUUUGACUGAGAAGGAAAUCCAAAAGGCUCUCAGUGCCCAGUACAGGUCAACCUACAGAACUGACUUUCUUGGAUUACCUCAAGGAAUUAUGAAGAACCAUACAAUCUUUACACCCUUUAACUGCAGCCAUGCUGUCAACUACUAUACCCAGACUGAAAUGAGACACAACUACCGCCCACCCAAAACAAAACUUGAGCUUCUGGGGAACAACUCUCGCUAUGGGUGCAAUAAUCUGCAUGGUAUAGCAGCAAGGGGUAUUGUUCCUACAGUGAUUUACAGUCACAUUAAUAACCAAGAAAACAGCAAACUGGAGACCACCUACAAUAAACAUUUUGGAGAAAGAAAGGAUCUGAAGACAUUGCACAUAACUAGCCGCUCUGCUGAUGAACGUAAGGUGAAGAAGAAUACUGUAUCCGUGCAAACCCCUUCCACAUUGGAGAGGAUGUCAGCCUGGCCUGGGCCUUUAUAAAGAUGCCAUUUUGAAUCAUGAAAAGCUAUAUACAGGUGCAUUUCAAUAAUUAGUAUG